GCUUUUGGGAUUUGUAGAUUUUAUUACUUUCUCCCGAGGAGAGAAUGGGGAAAUGGGUGGAGAAUUGGCUCGACUUUACUCAGUAAAGUUUUGUGGGGCUGCGUGAAUUUCACAUGUAAAGUAAGUGAGAAGUGCGUGGCUCACUCUACUUUCUCUCUUUAAGCUUUUUUUUCUUCUUUCCAUUUUCCCAUUUAGCACCUCGGUUUCCGGGGCAUUUCCAUCGCUGAUUUCACUGCUCAUUGCUGCAGCAAUAUUAAUUAGGAAUACAGAUUUCCCUUCUUUUUUUCCUGUUUUCAGUGUCGGUUUCUUUUUGGGGGGUUUUCAUUUCAGGGGCCUCUUUAAUGGCGAUUUCUGACAUGGGUGUGGAAAUUUGAUCCUCAAGAUUGGGAACUGAACUGGGUUUGUGGUUAUUGUGAGGGUUUAUGGAGAUGGGUCGUCUGGAUUUGGCUGGGAAAGUGGUGGUCGUCGCCAUUAAAGCCACCUCCAAGGAUGUUUCCAAGGCUGCUCUCGUUUGGGCCUUGACUCAUGUGGUUCAGCCUGGAGAUCAUAUUAAGCUCCUCGUCGUUAUCCCUUCUCAUCCUUCAAGUAAAUGGAUGCGGGGAUUUUCCCGAUUGACCGGCGACUGCACGAUCGGUCAUCUGAGAAUUCCAUCGGGAACCCUUUCAGAUCAGAAGGAUGACAUUGUGCAUUCUUGUUCUCAAAUGGUAAAUCAGCUUCAUGGUGCAUAUGACCCACUGAAGAUAAAAGUCAGGAUCAAAGUUCUUUCAGGUUUGGCUCGGGGUAUGGUGGCUACUGAAGCUAAGAAAGCUCAAUCAAACUGGGUCAUAUUGGAUAAACAGUUGAAGGAUGAAAGGAAAAACUGUUUGGAAGAACUGCAGUGCAAUGUUGUUCUUAUGAAGAAAUCUCAACCGAAGGUUCUUCGUCUAAAUUUGAUGGAUUCCCCGAAAAUGAAUACUAGACAAGCUUGGAUAUCAUCACACGAAUUAGAAGCUUCGCAGAAGUGUCUUAAAAGCUACUUCGAUGAAUCGACCAUGUUCAGGGCUCCAGAUAUGACUCCUGCAAGUACUCCUGAUGUAGAGUCUCCUCUUACCAUAACUGAUGUUGGAACAUCGUCGAUAUCGAGCUCGGAUGUGGGCAGUUCAUCUGUGUUCUCAGGGAUUUGUGGCAGCCUGAGAAAUGAAUCCAGAACAGCAUCUGGAGGAGGGAGACAUUUGUCUGGAUCUGAAUGUGAUUCUGAUAGCGAAAAGCAAACACCCUCAGUUUCAUACUUCCAUCGUUGUAUGGUUGAUAUUCUAAGUUACAGGCGAAAAUUCCUGCAACACACGAUGGAAGAAUCACAGAACGCUCAUGGUAGACCUCCAUCUUCAAUACGCCAAGGUUUGGUCAAGAAAGCUUCGACUAUUUCUCUAGAACCCAGCCCCGAUGUGGUGAAUCGAAAUACCGAUAUGAGUUCAAGCAGAAACAUAAGGAACACAGUUUUGUUAUCGAGGAAAGCACCUCUAGGCCCUCCCCCGCUGUGUUCAAUGUGUCAACACAAGGCCCCUGCAUUUGGGAAUCCUCCUAGAUGGUUCACUUAUGCAGAACUCGAAGUUGCUACAAGUGGAUUUGCACAAACAAAUUUUCUGGCUGAGGGUGGAUUUGGGUCUGUGCACCGUGGCAUCUUACCAGAUGGACAAGUCAUUGCUGUCAAGCAAUAUAAACUGGCCAGUACUCAGGGAGAUCGAGAAUUUUGUUCGGAAGUUGAGGUCUUAAGUUGUGCCCAACAUCGGAAUGUUGUGAUGCUCAUCGGAUUUUGUGUGGAGGGCGGAAGAAGGUUGCUUGUUUAUGAAUAUAUUUGCAAUGGAUCUCUUGAUUCUCAUCUUUAUGGAAGAAAUCGUGAUCCUCUGAAAUGGUCUGCACGACAGAAGAUUGCGGUUGGAGCUGCUCGAGGUUUGAGAUACCUUCAUGAAGAGUGUAGAGUGGGCUGUAUUGUGCACCGCGAUAUUCGCCCAAACAAUAUCCUCCUCACUCAUGAUUUUGAACCACUAGUUGGAGAUUUUGGGCUGGCAAGGUGGCAGCCAGAUGGUGAUCUGGCAGUGGAAACUAGAAUCCUUGGGAGAUUUGGCUAUCUGGCUCCAGAGUAUGCACAGAGUGGCCAAAUCACAGAGAAGGCCGAUACUUACUCGUUUGGCGUAGUCUUGCUGGAACUCGUGACUGGACGAAAAGCGAUUGAUUUAAAUCGUCCCAAGGGCCAGCAGUGCCUCACCGAAUGGGCAAAAAACCUGCUGCGAAAAGAUGCCAUCUCCGAACUGGUCGAUCCGUGCUUGAGGAAUUGUUAUUCAGAAGAGGAAGUUCACCGUAUGCUGCAAUGCGCUUCCUUGUGCAUCAAGCACGACCCGUAUGUAAGACCACGUAUGUCUCAGGUGCUUCGGGUUUUGGAGGGCGACAUCGUUUUGUAAAGCAGCGGCCAUGUAAGAAGCUUGCAGGAAAAUUUUGCAGAGAAGUUGUAGCAUAAUAUGGCGUGAUAUGUUGCAGUGAGGCCAAUUGGUCUUUCUGAAGUGCCAUGAAAGAAGAGGGUGAAGAAAGGAAUUCCACUUUGCAAAACCAGCCUUUUAAUCCCAUUAUUUUGGUGGUUAUUAUGAGAUUAAAUCAAUGGAUUUGUUUGUAUUUGUAAUGUAAAUAAGGAUCAAAGUUGCUUAUGUAACCAUAAAAAUGUCAAGAUUUGGGUUAGGAUUAAUUUCAAAUAAAGAUACUUGUAUUGUAUGAUAUUGUAAUAUUAAUUUCCAUUUUUAUAAUCUAAA